UUGCCUUUAAUGUGUGGCUCGAAAAGUAAAUCAUUUAAUUCGGCACAAAACAGACCUAUUAUAAAAUGGUUGUUACAUCAAACAACACAAAUGUGUGAACUUCAGAGGAUAUGCUAUGGAGAACCAUCUGGUGCACGAAGAACUCUAGGUGUAGAGGAAUCUCUUAAGUUAUCCAGAAAUGCUAAUAUCAAGACCCUUGUGGCCCAUUUGAAUGAUCUAGCUGAACAAUGUGCAAUUACUACUAAAACGGAACGUAAAAUAUUAGAAGAAGCAAUUAAGACAGUGUUGGUGACUAAAAAGAUAAAUCCAACUGCUCAUCCAGACUUUGCGAGGUCAUUUGGCAAAUGUGUAGAGCUAAUUUGGGGCUAUAAACAGCUUUGUGUAACAUGUGAGGAGCUUAGAAAAACGCCUUAUGAUACUGAAAAUCCUCAGCAUGAGUUGCUGUUGUUAAAAUUAUGGAACUCUUUAAUGCCUUAUGAGCCUUUAGAUGCUAGAGUUACAAAGCAGUGGCAAGAGAUUGGCUUUCAGGGUGAUGACCCAAAAACAGAUUUUCGUGGAAUGGGAAUUCUGGGAUUGGAAAAUUUGGUUUAUUUUGCACAAGAAUAUCCCAGCGCUGCAACACAUGUAUUAUCUCAUUCUACACACCCACGUUAUGGUUAUGCAUUCGCUAUAGUUGGUAUAAAUUUAACAAGCAUGGCUUUGCGUUUAUUGAAGGAUGGAACUGCCAAGACCCAUAUUUAUAAUUCCUCAAAAACUUUGCCAUCAAUUCGUGCCUUUCACCAAUUUUACUGUUACCUCUUCUAUGAAUUUGAUGGGUUCUGGAUAGAUUCUAAACCAAGUAAUAUGAUGGAAUUCUCAUCUAUACAAGAAAAAUUUGAAAAUAGUAUCAGAAUGGCAUUAGCUGACCCAUCUAUAGUCUUUAGGAUAAAUAUAUCAAUCGACAAUGUUUAAUAGACAUGCAAUAUUUUCUGUCGAUAAGACCAAAAAUAUCAC